AUGCAUUCCGUUCUGCUGCGUUCUCUUGUUUGUUCUUUAUGUUCGUUUUCGGCUUUCGCUCUCAAGAUCCCCUUCUCAACCCGCACUUCCCCACAAACCCGUGGUCUUCCCCAUGCCCAUGUGGCACGACAGUCAUCGUCUAGCCAUGUUCUUCCUGUAGGAAAUACGCAAAACUCAUUCUACUACACUAAUAUCACUCUGGGCGGCCAAACGAUAUCUGUCAUGCUGGAUACUGGAAGCUCGGAUUUGUGGGUGACUGGUUCCGUGCCCAAUGCUCAAGACACCGGUAAAUCCUUGACACUAUCCUACGCCGUUGGAAAUGCUGCUGGCGACGUGUAUACCGCCCCAUUCUCCAUGGCUGGUUACAGCGUAGACGACCAAGCAUUCCUUCUGGUCGCAAACACAUCGACCUUCUCAACAAACAUCCAUUCUGAGGGCUACGACGGUCUCAUCGGACUUGGUCCCAAUUCUGGUUCCGCUAUUUACAAGAAACUUGACGGUGACGCGGGAAACAACGCAAUCAACCGAAUAUUUGAGCAAAACUCAUCUUCAAUAGACGACUACAUCACUCUCAUGCUUAGUCGCCGCAAUGAUCCAAGUAGCAACAUCACAGGUCAAUUUACCAUUUCGGAGCUCGUCCCAGGUUACGAGAACGUAACCUCCAUGCCUCAGCUGGCGGUGGAGAUGGUAUACGAGGUCACUGAUCAAGACCAACACUGGCAGGUAUUGACGGACAAGAGUGUGGGUGUGAUUGGACCAGAUGGACAACCAAUAACAAUCAGCUCUAUCGUGCCGAAGGCGCCGAGUGGUCAAUUGGUUGCCGUCCUUGACUCUGGUUUCACGCUACCACAAGUCCCUCGCUCGAUGUCAGAUGCCAUUUACGGACGCGUACAGGGUGCCGAAUGGUCCACUUCCCAGCAAGCUUGGCUAGUACCGUGCGGCCAACUGAUCAAUCUGACAUUCACAUUUGGUGGGAUUUCGUAUCCGAUCCAUCCCCUAGAUGUAUCUUCCAGUGAUUUCGGAGUCACGUUUUCCAAUGGAAAUCCUGCUUGCCUUGGAACUUUCCAACCCAUCAGUUCGGCGUUCAGUUUGCUGGGUGAAUACGACAUGAUUCUUGGCAUGGCAUUCUUACGUAACAUCUACACGCUCAUCAAUUAUGGAAACCUCGUCAAGGACGGAUCUAACUCCAAUAAACCCUAUAUCCAAAUGCUACCCCUCACGGACCAAGCGACCGCCGUAAACGACUUCAUUGAAACACGGACUGGUGGCCAAAACCUCAUCAAUUCACCUCAGUAUACUCUCUUGCCUUCCUCACAGGAGCAGCACUCUCCGGAGACGGCUGAGGAGAAGAAACAGCAAUAUGAAGAGAAAGUUCUGAGUCGAUGGCCAUAUAUCCUCGUUGGCUGUCUUGCGUUCGUGUCUAUGUUGGCCGGGUGCUGUGUGUGGAGAUGCUGCAAGCGUAGGCGCAUGAGAAAAAUGGCAGCACGGCAGAAGCAAGGGGUCAACCCUCCGGACACCGACGGAAACGGUCCAUAUUCACAACUUCACGAUUCCAACAGCACUGCAACCCUGGUCAUGCAGCCGAUGCGAGCGUCUACUCUCGAAUUCAAGGAAGAAUACGGCAAGGACGCUUUCUCACGGAGUCCAUGA